CACAUCCCUACUACAAAGCAAUAUUUUCCGCAUGCAACCAAAAACCAAAUAUUAUAAUGCUAGCUGUGGAAUCGUAAUUGCGAAGUUUAAACGAUUUGGAUAACCCAUCAGUGGCCGAAAGACUACCAAUUGGCACCCCGGAAGCCGACUGUCGGACAAGCCCACUCCGCAGCCGGAAAUUGCAAGAGAAGUGUCUUUGCCUUGAGGUCGCCAGUUGCCAAUUUGUUGUCGGACCCUGUGCAAAAGUCGAAAAAAUCGUCAGUGGUAAUUGCUGGUAGUCCUCUAACGGGACAAGGCCAGGCCGGUGCGACGAAAGCAGGACCGGAUCAGAAGCAGGAGCAGGAGUGGAGUCGAGCCCGCGGGCAGCUGGGUUCCAAAACUAUGAGUGCUGCCAAGAAGUACAAGCCCAUGGACACAACUGAGCUACACGAGAACACCGAGAAUAUCGCCGCGUGCCUGAAGAAGGCCGAAUCCGUUGCUGCCGCCGGUGCAGCCGCCUCGAGCCUGGGCCGCAGUGCCUUUGCUGCCCAAAACAUGAACUCCGCGUCCACCAACGGCGAACGCCUGCCAAACUUCUCCAAGCUAAGCGGCAGCCAUGGCGAGAUUCGCACGGCUUCAACUACCUCAAACCUCCUCAAUCGCGUGGGGGCCAUACACAACAGCAAGCCCGGCGAUGUCAAGAAGAUAGUGAUUAAGAACUUCAAGGCUAAGCCCACACUGCCCGAUAACUACUCCGAGGACACGUACGUGAAGCUCGAGGAGGCUGUUAUCGCCAUCCAACUGUCAAAGCCCAUUAAAUAUUCGCUGGAAGAGCUCUACCAGGCGGUGGUGAACAUGUGCAGUCACAAAAUGGAUGCACAGUUGUACUCAAAACUCAAGGAGCUGACGGAGCAGCAUGUGAAGCGUAAUAUAAAGCUCAAGGAGCUCACCGGCGGCAGCAUGGACAAACUGAUCCUGCUGGAGAAGAUCAACCACUGGUGGCUCUCGUUCUGCCAGCAGAUGAUCAUGAUUCGCAGCAUAUUCCUCUACAUGGACCGGACCUAUGUGCUGCAGAACUCGUCCAUUCACUCGAUUUGGGACAUGGGGCUGGACCUUUUUCGCAUCCAUUUUGCUCAGAACAGCGUCGUCCAGAAGCGGACCGUCGACGGUUUACUAACACUGAUAGAAAAGGAACGACAGGGUUCCACUGUGGAUCGCGGUCUGCUGAAGAGUUUGGUCCGCAUGCUGUGCGAUCUGCAAAUCUACACAAGCUCCUUUGAGGAGAAGUUCCUCGAUGCAACCAACCAAUUGUACAAGGCUGAGAGUCAACGCAAGAUGCAGGAACUGGAGGUGCCCGAGUACUUACAGCACGUCAACAAGCGCUUGGCCGAGGAGAACGAGCGCUUGCGACACUAUCUGGACUCUAGCACAAAACAUCCGCUGAUAUAUAAUGUGGAAAAAGAAUUGCUCGCGGAGCAUCUAACAUCAAUAUUGCAGAAGGGCUUGGAUUCGUUGUUGGAAGACAACAGACUGAACGACCUCACACUCUUAUACGGGCUGCUUAGCCGAGUCAAAAAUGGAACUUCUGAACUGUGCGGCAACUUCAACGGUUUCAUUAAGAAAAAGGGACGCACCAUUGUCAUCGAUCCUGAGAAGGACAAGAGUAUGGUCCAAGAUUUGCUCGAUUUCAAGGAUAAAAUGGAUGUGAUCGUUCGCAGCUGCUUCGAGCACAAUGAGAAAUUUACCAACUCCUUGCGAGAGGCCUUCGAGUUCUUUAUUAAUCAGCGUGCCAACAAACCGGCCGAGCUCAUUGCCAAAUACGUAGACAUGAAACUGCGAUCUGGCAACAAGGGAACCACCGAUGAAGAAUUGGAGAAGACUUUGGACAAAAUCAUGGUCCUGUUUCGAUUUAUUCAUGGCAAGGAUGUCUUUGAGGCGUUUUACAAAAAGGACUUGGCCAAACGGUUGCUGGUGGGGAAAUCGGCCUCAGUGGAUUCUGAAAAGAGUAUGCUGUCCAAGUUAAAACAGGAGUGCGGAGGAGGAUUUACGUCCAAGCUGGAAGGCAUGUUCAAGGACAUGGAGUUGAGCCGGGAUAUCAACAUAGCGUUCCGCGGACACGCGUUGAGCAACAACCGCGAUGUUCACAACUUGGACUUGUGCGUUAGCAUUCUGACAAUGGGCUACUGGCCAACAUAUGCGCCCACGGAAGUCACAAUGCCGCCACAGUUCAUCAAUCCGCAGCAUUUUAAUAAGUUUUAUCUGGAAAAGCACAGUGGGCGGAAGUUGCAGUGGCAGCCAACGCUGGGGAACUGCAUGCUACGUGCGCAAUUUGAUGCGGGUCCGAAAGAACUAUUGGUCUCGCUGUUUCAAGCGCUCGUGCUGCUGCUGUUCAACGACAAGCCCAUUUUAAGUUACGAGGAGAUUUUGGCCGCCACCCUCAUUGAGGAUGGUGAGUUGCGGCGAACGCUUCAGUCCCUUGCUUGUGGUCGCGCCCGCGUCAUAACGAAAACACCGAAAGGUCGCGAAAUUUUGGAUGGCGAUCAGUUCGACUUUAACAAUGAGUUCACAAACAAAUUGUUCAGAAUCAAGAUCAACCAAAUACAGAUGAAGGAGACGAAUGAGGAGCAAAAGGCGACGGAGGAGCGUGUUUUCCAGGAUCGACAGUAUCAAAUAGACGCGGCUAUUGUGCGUAUCAUGAAAAUGAGAAAAACGCUUAGCCACAAUCUACUCAUCACAGAGCUGUUCAACCAGCUCACCUUCCCCGUCAAGCCCGCUGACUUAAAAAAACGCAUCGAGUCGCUUAUCGAUCGCGACUACAUGGAGCGGGAUAAGGAUAAUCAAAACCAAUACAACUAUGUGGCAUAAGUGGCCCCAGCUUCUGUGAACUCCGAACACCGAUUCGAUUGUAAUUCGUUCUAUAUACCAUACGCAUACAUACAUACUAACAGUCUAAUGAAGUUUUUGGAGUGUUUCUGGUCCGUUCAGCGAUGCUCAGUUUUGUCAUCUGACAUUUGGUUUUUUCUAUAACUAGAUCGUUGAACUAUCCCCCAGCUAAUGGUAGUAUAGUUGCUACAGUUCUUUUUGUAAGUUACCUUAUCAACCAAUAAAUUAAGCGUUUGAUUUACAAGCCAUGCCCCGUGGAAGAGGUCAUCGCCGUCGGAAUGUAGAAAACGCCAGCAAUAUAGAAAUGUCCUCAAACCGAUAAAAGAACCAAGCGUUCAAUAAACUCAUUUAUUGGACU